UAUAAAACACAAGCAGCAUUAAAAGGAGAAUUAUUUGCAAGCAAGAAAUCAACAGCACACAUCAUCACAGAUCAACUUCCUGCAAGAAGACAGUGAAAAUGGCUGCUGCUGAAAAGGAUCCAGAUCUCAGGAUUGUUCUUGUUGGGAAAACUGGAGUUGGUAAAAGUGCAGUUGGAAACACCAUUUUAGGAAAGAAAGCUUUUGAGUCUACAGUCUCUUUUUCCUCUUUGACAUCAAAGUGUGAGAAGGAAACUAAUAGUUUUGCUGGUCUAAAUCUGGCUGUUAUUGAUACUCCAGGUCUGUUUGAUACAAAUAAGAGUAAUGAUGAAGUUGUGAAAGAAAUCACUAAAUGCAUCAGCAUGGCGGCUCCUGGUCCUCAUGUCUUCCUGAUUGUGAUCCAACCGACCAGAUUCACAGCAGAAGAAGAAAAAACAGUGGAAAUAAUCCAGAAAUUGUUUGGAGAAAAAGCUGCCAGAUACACCAUGAUCCUGUUUACCCAUGGAUACGAGCUGAAAAAGGGAAACAUUAAAAUAGAAAAACUGUUAGAAACAUCCCAAACUCUAAAACACAUCAUCAGUCAGUGCUCCAUCCUGAAGAAAUUUAAAGAUAAAUAUCAUGUUUUUGACAAUGAAGUUGAGGAUCCUGAUCAAGUUGGUGGACUGGUGGAGAAGAUCAACAGAAUGGUUCAGAGAAAUGGAGGAAGUUUCUACACCAAUGAAAUGUUUAAAGAGGCAGAAAGAGCCAAGCAAGGAGAAAUGGAACGACUCCUCAAAAAAAAUCCAGACAUGAAUCCUCAAGAUGCAAGAAGACGGGCAGAGAGAAACAAUUCAUUUAUCAGUGCUGUCCUGAAGGCUGCUGCUGCAGGAGGUGCUGUUGGAGCUUCCAGGAGACCAUUAGGAGCUGCUGUUGGAUUUUAUGCUGGAGGUUUGGUUGGAGCCGUGGUUGGAGGUGUAGUAGCACUGAAAGAGAAGGGAGUAUGUGUUAUACAGUGAUGAAUUGUUUGAUAUUUUGGCCACAGCUUAUUAAACCCUGAUUUUCAUGAAUAACAAAAUAUGUAUCAGUAAUAAAAUAUUUGAUCAUGAAAUUAAGUAUUUAAUAAAUAUUUCAGCCUCUGUGGCUGAGAUGAGGAAGGAAAAACUUUUUUGUCUUUAUUACCAAGUUCUUUGAUUCCUGUUUAUUUCAGUCGCAUGUAAAACUGUCAACAGUCUGAACAAUAUAGUGAAUAAAUGUAAAUAUAACUUGUAGUGUAAAGAACCUGUGAGCCAUCAAUGAGGGUAGAAACAAAUGGAGUUACUUUAGCAAUACAUUAUCUUAAUCUGCUGAUUUAUUCUGAUUUCUCUUAAAGUAAAUAUUUAUCACGUAUGAGAUGAUUAAUAACAAUCAUCACCUGCUGGUUUAAUUGGUCCCCAAUUCAAUAAAUAACAUAUAUUGUGAUUAUAUAGUGAAACUAUUUCAGUCCUAUUUUCAACAAUAUACCUUAGGUAAUGGAAACUAUUUGGAUAUUAAUUAAAUUAUGGAAACUCUGUUUCUCUAUUAAAUCUGUGAGAAUUGAACUUUAUUUUCUAAAUAAAAUCAACAAAGAUAUCAGAUCAAAUUUUUAACAAAUCUAUUUACCCCGUAUUCAAUUGUAAAGGUUUAAAUCACACAAAGGUUUAAAUAACCUGUGAAUUUACAUAAAACCUCUGCAUGACAGGGUGAACAAUCUGAGAGGAUGAACACAUGAAUGUUAUAAAAAUACACAGUAAAUGUAUUGAAUUAAAUUUUCACAUACAUUUAUAUUUAUUGUUGUCAUAGAAACAUUCUGUACGAAUAGAAAUCAUAAACAUAUUCUAAUUUUUGUAGUAAAAUCUUAAAUUAGCUUUCUAACCUGAAAUAAAGUUUUUAAAACUAAAUUACUAAAACAUGCUACAUCAUAAUUAAAACUUUUGGAAAGUAGAUUCUUUUAAAAGUUUUCAAGUUCAGUUUGUCUUUAUUGUUUUAAGUCUCAGUUUCUGAUCACAGUUUAUCCAGCCAGGAUGAUUUUAUCUGGAUAAUUCAUGUGCUGCUGCCUCAAUGUUUAAAUGUUCAGCUUUGGUUCCUUUUGAUGAAGCUGCUGGUUCAAAAAUUUAGAUAUUUUAUGGAUCAUUUCUACCGAAUUGUGUGUCUGCCUGGUUUUCUCCAACCAAGUUUUACCAAGAGGCAAUAAAUGAACUGAUUUAUUUAACAAUAUUCUAUUGAAUGUGAUUGAAUUUCAUGUUAUGAAGUGAGUUUGGCUGAACUGGACUCCAGUAAUCAGAUAUGGACGAUUCUAAAUUUAUUUAUUCACAUUGGCAGUGAAUUUACACCAUUUAUAUAAAUAAAUUCCUUCAGAUUUGUGUGUAAACAAGAAAAACAAACAUGAUUAUUACUUUAUCCAUGUUCUAACAUGUAAAUAAAUAAAGAUCUUAAAAUAAUCUAUGAUUCCUUUCAUUGAAUUUCACAUUUUCAGUUUCUAAUAGGCAUUGGAUGGUUUCCAGUUACCAGAUGGACACUGGAUUUAAAACCUUGUAAAUCCAAAACAUCUAUUGUGGAUCAUUGUUUGUAUUUUUUAAUAUUCAGACGGUGUGCAGUUUUCUCCAGUUGUAUGUAGUGUGGAGCAGCGCCCCGCCCCCACCUGUUGCUCUAAGCCAGGGGUGGGCACUCCUGGCCCUCGAGGGCCAGUGUCCUGCAACUCUUAGAGUCUCCCUGGUCCAACACACCUGAAUCCAAUAGC